CACUAUCAAUAUGCUAGGGAUAUUUGUGUCAGAUUAGUUGGGUAAAUAUUUUGGCCUUCUUCAAAAUCUAAAUUCGUGUUUGCCCUAUAUUUGGCCUAUAUCCUAUAUUGUUGUAAAAGGAUGUCGAAGGGAACGGGUCCUUUGUCAAAGAUAUAUAAUGCCGCAAUCGGUGCAGGCGAUAAAAUAAUGCCCCAAGCAAUGAUGCCUUUUUGGCAAUCGCCUGCAGGUCCCAAGACGGUAUUUUUCUGGGCGCCCCUCUUCAAAUGGGGACUAGUAUUUGCGGGAUUGGGCGAUACUGUCAGUCGCCCACCGCAGUUAAUCUCUGUAAACCAAUGCGCCAUUUUAGCCCUGACUGGAGUGCUGUGGUCAAGAUACUCAUUUGUCAUCACACCCAAAAAUUAUAACCUAUUGGCGGUCAAUGUGGCAGUAGCUUGUAUUCAAUCCUUCUUAAUUGCCAAACACCUGAAGUGGCGCAGCGAGAAUGCAAAGAAUACCGUCUAUGAGUAUUCUUACUAUCCCCACAAUCCGGAUGACGACUGGUGAUUUAUAGAUUUUGACUUUAUCUAUUCACCCAACUAACUAACCCAACUAAAUCUGUCCACACUCGGCACCCUAAUAAUAAAAAUUAUUCAAUUAUUUUAAA